AAUUCAAGUCUAUAAAUCCGUAAUCCAAGGUGGGUUUUGCGAGCACUCGCUUUCUCCCUUGAUAGUUUUACAAGAGAAGUCAUGGGUCGUCCUCCAAGUAAUGGCGGGCCUGUGUUUCGCUUCAUGGCCCACAGAGUUACGACAUUUGUUGGAGAUGCUUGGGUCCAAUUGUUGGCAGAUUUUGCAAGAACAAUUUUGCACAAGGCAGAUUUGAACAACCUAUCUUUUCUUACCCCGACUAUAAAGCACAUGUGGCCUAAUUAUGUUUCUUUUAUUAAUUCAUAAUAAUGUGCUAUAGCUUUUUGACAGGGGAAUUAUGCAUGGUUGUUGAUUUUUUGCAAAUUGAUGAGAAUGUGGCAAUGGAGAUCAUAAAUCAUAGGUUACUAAGGCACCCUAACAUAAUCCGCUUCAAGGAGGCGAUUUUAACACCCACACAUUUGGCUAUUGUGAUGAAGUAUGCUCCUGGUGGAGAGCUAUUUGUGCGAAUCUACAAUGCCGAUAGAUUUAGUGAAGAUGAGGCUAGGUAUUUCUUCCAGCAGCUGAUCUCGGGUGUCAAUUACUGUCACUCCAUGCAAAUAUUCCAUAGGGAUUUGAAACUGGAAAACACUUUGCUAGAUGGAGGCCCUGCUCCACGCUUGAAAAUUUGUGAUUUUGGUUACUCGAAGUCAUCUCUGCUGCAUUCAAGACCCAAAUCUAGAAUUGGAACUCCAACAUACAUAGCACCAAAAGUUCUUUCAUGGCGAGAAUAUGAUGGCAAGAUGCCAUACAUUUUGUAACCAUUUCUAACUCCCACGUGAUGAAAAAAAGUCAAAGAUCUCGAGAAGAAAAUAAUCCCAUUAAUGGCAAGGUUCAAACUCUUCAUGACAUUAACAAGCAGCAUGGGAGGGCCAAGGAGAAAGAGAUGAUGCAGAUGUGGAAGCAUCUCCAAUAUACAUAAUGUGUAGGCAUGCGUAAGAUAUCAUUAUGUUACAAUUCCUGCUCUUAAAAACUCAAGGAAGCAGGGAAGACCUGUUCCAUCGGCAUUACUGGUCUUUUCGUAUAGAAUCGGCAUUACUGUUCUUUCACUGGAUGUCUUUACAUAUGUGCUUGAUGAGUGUCGUCUGUUGCAAUUGACGUGAUUCUUGGUUAUAGCCACUACUGUAAAUGAUUCAACAUUGGAAGAAUUCUUGCCUUACUUGAAGAGCAGUGGUGUUGGUGUAAUCAGUACUUCUCUUGCAAUGGGGCUUCUUACAAAAGUUGGCCAUUAUUGUCAUUGAAUAAAUUGUCAAAUAUGAUUGAUUGGUGUGUAAGGUUGAUUAAUUAAAGAAAAGCACAAAUGGUGAAGUCAGCUGUGAACAAGACCAAGAAUGUGAUAAUUGCAGCGGGAUGCUAGAGUUUG